UUGCAGGUGGCUGCAAAGCGGGAGCCACCGCCGCCGUCGCGUUGCACCAUGGCGCCCACCCUGGCCACUGCCCAUCGGCGCCGCUGGUGGAUGGCCUGCACCGCCGUGCUGGAAAACCUCCUCUUCUCAGCUGUCCUCCUGGGCUGGGGCUCCCUGCUCAUCAUGCUCAAGUCAGAGGGCUUUUACUCCUACCUGUGUACCGAGCCAGAGAAUGUCACCAACAGCUCAGUGGGGGGUACAGCAUCGCCAGAGCUGGAGGAGGUGAGCUGGAUGAAUGGCUGGCUCAGCUGCCCCGCCCAGGACGAGAUGCUAAACUUGGCUUUCACUGUGGGCUCCUUCCUGCUCAGUGCCAUCACUCUUCCCCUGGGCAUCGUCAUGGAUAAGUAUGGCCCCAGGAAGCUGAGGCUGCUGGGCAGUGCCUGCUUUGCUGUCUCCUGCUUGCUUAUUGCCUAUGGCGCCAGUAACCCGGACUCCCUGUCUGUGCUCAUCUUCAUCGCCCUGUCUCUGAAUGGCUUCGGUGGGAUGUGCAUGACUUUCACCUCACUGACGCUGCCCAAUAUGUUUGGCGACCUUCGCUCCACGUUUAUUGCCUUGAUGAUUGGAUCCUAUGCCUCCUCUGCUGUCACCUUCCCAGGAAUCAAGGUCAUCUAUGACUUUGGUGUCUCCUUCAUCAUCAUCCUUGUGGUCUGGGCCAGCUGCUCUGGACUGGUUUUCUUCAACUGCUUCUUUAACUGGCCCCUGGAACCCUUUCCAGGGCCAGAAGACAUGGACUACACGGUGAAGAUCAAGUUCAGCUGGCUGGGCUUUGACCACAAGAUCACCGGGAAGCAGUUCUAUAAGCAGGUGACCACAGUGGGGCGUCGCCUGAGUGUGGGCAGCUCCAUGAGAGGCACCAAGGAGCAGGCAUCACUGCAGGAUGGCCACAAGCUGUGCCUAUCCACUGUUGACCUGGAGGUGAAGUGCCAGCCCGAUGCUGCAGCGGCCCCCUCGUUUAUGCACAGUGUGUUCAGCCCCAUCCUGCUGCUCAGCCUGGUCACCAUGUGCGUCACACAGCUGCGGCUCAUCUUCUACAUGGGUGCCAUGAACAACAUCCUCAAGUUCCUGGUCAGCGACGACCAAGAUGUAGUGAUGGCUACCGUUGGGCUCUACACAUCCAUCUUCGGCGUGCUCCAGCUGCUCUGCCUGCUUACAGCUCCAAUCAUCGGUUACAUCAUGGACUGGAGAAUGAAAGAGUGUGAAGAUGGCUCUGAAGAGCCUGAAGAGAAAGACACUAACCAAACUCAGGACAAGAAGAAGCGGGACCGACAGAUUCAGAAGGUCACCAAUGCCAUGCGGGCCUUUGCCUUCACGAACGUGCUGCUUGUAGGCUUUGGGGUGACCUGUCUCAUUCCCAACCUGCCUCUCCAGAUCCUCUCCUUCAUCCUGCAUACCAUUGUGCGAGGCUUCAUCCACUCCUCCAUCGGAGGCCUGUAUGCUGCUGUGUACCCCUCCACACAGUUUGGCAGCCUCACAGGACUACAGUCUCUGGUCAGUGCCCUCUUCGCACUCCUGCAGCAGCCCCUGUUUCUGGCCAUGAUGGGUCCCCUCCAAGGAGACCCUCUGUGGGUCAAUGUGGGGCUCCUGGGCCUGAGCAUGCUGGGCUUCUGCCUUCCCCUCUAUCUCAUCUACUACCGAAGCCAGCUGGAGAAGCAGCUGGAACAGAAGAGGGAGAACGACAAGCUUUACCUGAAGAUCAAUGGUUCGUCCAACCAGGAGGCAUUUGUGUAGCACCCAGCCUCCUGCCUUUGCUUUGGUGACUGACUGUUGUCCUCUGCCCCAGCCCAGAGGAUCCCCAAGCACCUCCAGGAUCUCUCCUUCACCACGGUGGCAUUUGCACUCCCUCCCUGGCCCACGUUCCUGCCCAGAUGCUCUGCAUGGAAGGAUGGAGAGGGCCUGGACAGGCAGUGGAAGGAGCAGCUGUCCUGGGCUUUGCUCUGACACCCUCAGGGUCUCGGAGGUGCCUUCAUGGUGCAGCUGGAGGAGUGGAGAAGCCCAGCAGGCAGGUUCUCUCCCUCCAGGGCCUGGAGGCUGCCACCCACAGCCUGCCAUCCGCUCCUCAGCUGCAUGCCCAUCAGCCACGCCUGCCUGAGGACAAAGGCUUGUACUGUCUGCACCCCUUGCCUGGCCCCUCACUAUCUCCCCUGGCCGGUUGGAGGAGUCUGCCUGAGGAAGGAAGGACCCACUUCCUGUUGUUGGUGCUAACACCUUUGCCAUUCCAGUCCUGGGGCCCCUCCCACACGCCUACCCUCGAGCCUGGAGAAGCCCCCUCAUUUCCACUUGGGAGGGGAUUGGAGCUCCGGAUGGGUGAACACAACAGCCUAGGAUCCAUGGACAGAACGAGCAGCAGCUCCUUGCCGCUUCCUGCGGCUGAGGCCCACGGUGGGUCCCACUGCCGAGCUCCACCUGGUGUGACCCUAAGGGGGGAUUAAAGGGCACCAACAGGG